AUGACACGGAUCAACACCAACGUCUCGUCGAUCAUCGCCCAGCGGGUUCUGAACCAGAACACCAACGCGCUGGGGACAAGCCUGGAGCGCCUCAGCACGGGCCUGCGGAUCAACCGUGGUGCGGACGACCCCGCCGGGCUCAUCGCCUCCGAAGCCCUCCGGGCGGAGAUCACCUCGACCGGGGCCGCCAUCGGCAACGCCGAGCGGGCCGACCAGGUGCUCAACAUCGCCGAGGGCGGUCUGCAGGAGAUCUCGAGCCUCCUCGAGGAGCUCCAGGGGCUCGUGACGUCCACCGCGAACACCGCCGGCCUCUCACUGGAAGAAAAGGAAGCGAAUCAGCUGCAGAUCGAUUCCAUCCUCCAGACCAUCGACCGGCUCGCCGACUCCACCAGCUUCCAGGGCGCCAAGCUCCUCAACGGACGCCUCGAGUACACCACCUCGGGCGUCUCCGCGAACGUCAACAACUUCGACGUCCGCGGCGCCAAGCUGGGAUUCCAGCAGCAGAUCGACGUGGAGGUCAUCGUCACCCAGUCCGCCCAGCGCGGCGCGCUGUACAUCAGCGCCGGCGCCAGCCCCAUCACCUUCCCGACCGGCAACGGGCCGCUCGUCAUCGAGGUCGCCGGCGCCAAGGGCUCACGGGAAUUCUCCUUCGCCUCGGGCACCACGCUCGGCGACAUCCGCGACGCGAUCAACACCUUCAGCUCCGUCACCGGCACCCGCGCCGCGACCAGCGGCGCCACCGGGCUCCGACUCGAGAGCACCGACUACGGCGACGACGAGUACGUCUCCGUCACCAUCGUGUCCGACGGCGGGUUCGACGACGGCGGCAACCUCCGCGGCAUCUACAACUACACCGCCAACCAGAACGACACCGCCAACGCCGCCACCCAGCAGGACUUCGCCUCCGUCAACGCCGCGAACGGCAUCCGCGACGCCGGGCAGGACGUCGGCGCCGCGAUCAACGGCGUCGUCGCCUCCUCCGACGGCACCACGGCGCGCAUCAACACCGACUUCCUCAACGUCGAGGUCGACCUCACCUACGACCCCGCCGCCGGCUCGGCCAACGCCGCCAUCCUCGGCAACCUCACCGCCUUCACCAUCACCGGCGGCGGCGCCGACUUCCAGCUCGCCGGCGACGUCAACAUCUCGGGCAAGGAAUCCCUCGGCAUCCCCGAGUUCUCCACCUCCCGCGUCGGACGCAAAACGAUCGACGUCAACGGCACGUCCCAGACCAACACGCUCGCCGACCUGAGCGGCGCGAACGCGCUGAACGUCGUGGACGGCAACCUCCAGGGCGCGCAGGAGAUCGUCGACCAGGCGAUCCGCGAAGUCGCCACCCUCCGGGGCCGACUCGGCGCGUUCCAGGUCAACACCGUCGGCUCCACGAUCCGGUCCCUCGGCAUCUCGCUCGAGAACACGACCGCCGCCGAGUCCGUCAUCCGCGACGCCGACUUCGCCGGCGAGACCGCGGCGCUCACCCGCGGGCAGGUGCUCACCCAAUCCGCGACGCAGGUCCUCACCAUCGCCAACUCCACCCCGCAGAACGCGCUCACACUCCUCGGCUGA